ACCCUGCAGUGUUUUCAUACUCAUGCUCGGGGAAACAACUUGAUUAGUUGCCAAAUUUUAUAAACAAUUUUUUACGAAAACGUAACGAGCACACGUUUAGUGGAAAAUGGCUAAAGUUUUCCAAUUGGCUUUCGGCGGAUUAUGCAGAUUUAAUAAAAAUGUUGUCAGCAGUACAGCACGAAAAUAUGCUAAAGCCGCUUAUGAAGCAGAUGGCAAAACCAAAGUGUCUAUAUUCAAUACUGAACAGGACCAUGGUCUCAUGAUCACCGGCUUCAGUCAAUUUGGAUUUCGUCUAAACAAUGACAUGGUAAUAAUGGGACCAAUGGCUAUAUUUCCACGUUCUGUACUUUCUUGGAACGUUAGCUCUUAUGAGGAUAUCAACGAAGAUAGUUUAGCAUUCUUUUGCACGCUUGAACCAAAAAUUGACAUACUCAUUAUUGGAAUUGGGGAUCAAACCGUAACACAAGGUCUUUCUAAAGUAAUAAUUGAGUUUAUGAAAAAACAUAAAAUCAAUGUUGAAGUACUUCGUACUGAACAGGCAUGUGCAACGUUUAACUUUUUAAACGCAGAAAGCCGUAUGGUGGCCUCUGCACUAAUACCACCGCUCCACGUUACCUACAACGAGAACGAUAUACUGCAAAGUAAAUUGAGAAAGAAGGAGCUUUAUGAAACGGAUUGAGGAGCACUCAACUAUUUUCAGCGCGUUAGAUGUUUUUCUUGUUAAUUAUUAAUAGUUAAAGCUUAGUAAUUUAACAUAUUUAUAUACAUAUCGUCCCAUUUCUGCGUUAGCCUCUUAUCUGCAAUAGUCAGCCUAGAGAUCGUAGAAAAAUGCAAAUUUCUUCCACUUAUAGUAUAUAAACGAGUUGUAUGCUUAAUAUUUUUGAUUCAACCCACACUAGUGUUUGUUUUAUUUUAAAAUAGUAUAAUGCCUAAAACAAAAUAUGUAUGUAUGUGUGAUACGUGGGUAACGCAGAAACGGAACGAUAUAUACAAACUUUGGUUGAGUUGCAUGCAAUAAAUAUUUUUUUUGUUGAAACUACUCA